UCCCGCCAAGGUAUCCCAAAUUCCCACCAUUACAAGCAGGCAGAGAGCACGAGGGAAGAAGAAGAAGAAGAAGAAAGGGCAACAAAAAUGAAAUCGAGACCGUCGGGAGUGAGGGAAUUCGGCCAGACCUCUCUUCCACCAUCUUUCUUCUCCAAAUCUAGAGUUCCCGACGAGCAUCACCCGAAAAGGUCAUCCAACAAGCAGCCGGUGCCACUUUCCGAGUUCUUGUAUCGAAAGCUCAUCAAAACCACUGACAGAUCAGUUAAGGUGAAGCAAACCUCUUUUUCAUCGAUUGGUUCUCCUACCAAGGAUUCAUCAAGUAAAAACGAUGAAGCGAGCGGUAGAUUCAUUCUCCAUGAUGUGAUUUUCCGGCAGUUUAUGGUCUCGGCCAAAGGAAAAGAACAAUCGGAAAUCACCGGAAGAGGCGAAAGUGAGGGACCUCAACUACAAUCAUAUACCGGGGGAGGCGACAAUUCAAGGAAAAGAAAGAACCCCUUUGAUUCUUCAGGUGAUGGUGAGAGGGUGACAGCUCGAAAAUCUAUGAUUGUUCUUGGUGAUGAUCCAAAGCCCUGGCGAAGUAGAAGAGGGAAGACAACAGUGGAAACCACAGAUAAGCCCUUCUACGAUCACUAUGCAAAUGGAAGUGGGCAGUGGGAUUGCAGCAAGGAAGGAGUGGACAGUGAAGAAGUUGGCUGCAAUGAUUUCUGGGAAGGAAUGGGUUCCACCACGUUGGGAGGUUUGGAAUGGCACUGACUCAACUCUAAUCUUCAUAUAGAGACGCUAUUACGCGACGCUGGAUAUGAUAUCUGUUCGCUUCAGCUCAUCUACACCACGUAUGCCUUGACGACAUUGAUCGAGUGUAGCCGCUACUUUAUUCGAAAGUGUAUCUUUCACAGCAUCAACAAACCAGCAGUUGCCCUGUGCUAUUUGCAUGUUUUCACAUGGAGCCAGCCAGUAAGAGCACGAAUCUAUUAUCUC